AUGCCGCCCUGCGACUCGGACGAUUUCGACUUUGAUGCCCCCGAAGUCAUUGCGGUGCGUGAAGAUGAGGGACAACCGCCUGAAGUUAUCGAGCCGUGUUUCCAACUGCGCGCCCGAUUUUCUUCCCUCGGCUUCGUCUCUUUUCGUCUUUUUCCAGUCUCCAACGGCAUGUCGAACAAAACCACGGCUUGGCUACAGAUCAGAGCGAACUGUAUUGAGUCGCUAGAAAAAACGCUCCAUGACAAAGCCAACACCAACAGCCCGAGUCCGCCUUACCUCGAAGCUGUCCGCCGGCGACUCAAUGGCAUGCAAUCGUCGAUUCCGACACCGGAAACAUCAUGCCUGGCGAACCUGUCUUGA